AUGGAGCUUCUUCAGAGCCUGCUGCUGGCGUUGAUUGGAGUUAUAGGGAUUCCUUCCCUGUCUCUCCUCUCCUGGGCGAUUUACUAUGAUCUUUACAGGAGUGAAAUUCCACCUGGAUUUGACAGUCCAUUAAAGCUUCGAGGUCUUCACUGUCUUGCCAUAAUGGCAUUCACUGCGGUAAGUUGGGGACUGGAUGAGCCGUUAGUUGAGCCAGCAGGUCCUUGUUAUGUUCUUAUGGGAAAGGUGAUUAAGAAAUGUAUUAUUAUUAUUAAAGUUAAUAAUACUUAUCUGUAGGCACCAGGCAAAACCAAUUCUAUAUCUUUUAAAGGUGUUAUUGGUUUGCUUUGUUCUUUCAUUGUGUAUUUUGGGUUUUUAUCUUGCAUUUUUUUGCUGUGAACCACCAUGAGAUCCUUUCAAGAAGGGCAGUAUAUUUAUUUAAUUAAAAAUAAUAAAUAACAGUUUAUAUAUUUAAGUAAUUCAUAUACUGCUGAAUCCAACAUGCAUAAUGAAAUCAGUAAAAUCAAUGAAUUCACUUGACGAUGUGAUGAAGAUAUUAUCACUUUCAACAAGGGCUUCCUUUCAGCCUAUAGAAGGACACACAUAGAGAGAAAAAGCCCUAUUUUCUUUACGUCAUGGUUUCUUCAGGAAAGCACAUAUUGCCUCAUAGGCAAGCAAGGAGAUUGUGGAUUGUUUCUCCAAAGCUUAGCUUGUUUCCCAGCUUCUUUUGCCUCUGUACUUUGGCGGGUGUUUAGGUUGGGGUGACCAAUUCUAAGCUGACCAAUUGAAAUUAAUGGACUUGGCUAACAUGUGCUCAUUCAUUUCAAUUGGUCUACUUUAAAUAGGACUUAUUUGGAUACCACCCACUGUGAAUAGGUUGCAAAUGUGGGCACUAUUUUCAUGAGACUUUUCCUUUGCCCAACAGGGGAAGUGUCUUGAGCUGCUGGGUGUCUGCAGACAGGUUGCCGUUAUCCGCUUCCUCCAGAGUUUCUGGAAUCCAAGAGCGGAUCCCAGCCUCUCUUCCAAAGAUCUGCAUUUCGAUGGGGUGCCUGUGAGGGUUUAUCAGCCCAAAACACCAUCUGCUGGCCCAAGGAAAGGAUUUGUGUUCUUCCAUGGAGGUGCUGGGAUGGUUGGGAGCAUCGGUAAGAGAUUAAAGCUGUGAGCCUAUGAACACUUACCUAGAGGCAAGCCCCACUGAACUCAAAUAAGCCAAUGUAGAAUCCUAGAAAUGUUGUGAAACCUCUAUUGUCAAACCUGCAGUCAAAGAGAGCCCGCCACCUCCCAAGCGAGGCGGUUCCCUGUCAAACAACUCUUACCAUGUUUAAUUGGAAUCUCCUUUCUGGGUAGAAGUGCUUCAGAUAUCAUUGGAAGAGAGGUUUACAGGGCUGAAAUACAAGAGUGUUGGUGGUAGUUCCUGAAGAGACAAGGGGCACACGUGUGCUUUGGAUUUGCAUAUGUUAAUUUAUACACAUGGACCCUCUUGUUCUCAUGGCUUCGCAGAUCCCACCUCUCUAGUGGUCAAUGCUCAGGGAACCGGGGAGCUGCACUCCAGCAAGCAGCCCUUGGGGGAGGGACAGAUGCCCCCCACUGCUGAUACUGACUCAUUCCUUUCAUAAAAUUCAUAUAACACUUGAUUUCAUAGAACCUCAAAUAGGUUCACAAAUAUGUAUCUAAUAGGUUGCUGUUCCUGAUUGCUCUGCUUACCAACCCAGCCACCCUCCCACCCCUGGCCACCCCCUCAUUUACACCUGACCAAAUCCCACACCCACCCACCACACCCACAUGUGUUAAUUUAUACACAGUGAUAAUUAAUACAUAGGUCAACUUUCCGAAACCCGUAACCCGAAACUGGGCCUCUGCCAGGUUUCCAUCUCAGAAAACCAAUCACAAUUUUACAAGUUGGCAAAUAGCAGUGCCACUUUCAGAAACACAAAGCAACAAACUUCUUAUCAGAGUUCCCCAAAUCGCCUGCCAUCACACCCGAAAUUUCCCCAUGCAGGUGAGCAGAGUGCUGUUGCAGCCAGGCUCUCUUUGUGGGCUUCCUGCUGACAUCUGGUUGGCCUUGGGGAGAACACAAGGCUGGGCUGGCUGGGUCUUUGGCCUAAUCCAGAAUGGCUCUUUCCCAUCUCUUAGGGACAAUAUGAGUGGUUGAGAGAACUGGACUUGCACCAGGUUUCAUCUCGCAAGACCAAUUGCAAUGUAACAGGUUGGCAGUUAACAAGUCCCAUUCAGUAGCCUUCCAUUGCAACAGCCUAUGAAGCAGGAACUGUGGGAGGAAGGAAGGCUAGGAUCAAGUUACACAUGAAGAAAUUGGGAGUCAGGAGACUGGUGACAGCUUGCUAUUGCUAUUGCUACAGACAUUCAUAUUUGGGGGAAUAGGGGCACCUGUGCCCCUCCAAGAUCUUGCUUCCUGGAAUACAACUCCCAUGCUCCCUCACUUCAACGGCUAGACAGAUUUCUUCUAAGGUGGAAUUUGGGAGUUUCUUAUAACAAGUUUGUUUUUCCUGUUUUUCCCAUCUCUGAAAAUUGCAAUAGGUUUGCAAAUAUGAACACAAACGAUAACAUGUUAAGUAAAUGAAAGCUUGCAACUCAUGGAUCUGUGUGCAAUGAUCUCAGGCAGACAAACAGCUCCGGUAAGAAUUAAUGAGCCUCUGGAAGAUUUAUGUACGUUUAUUUACAGUUCAAAAUCACAGGAUGUGGCAAACGCCUGUCAUUCUCCGAUACGACGUGCUCAGUCUGAGUUUCCGUUUCUCAGACACCACAAAGGGAGACAAGAUCCGGUCCUUCCCCUUUCCCCCUUACUUAGCAAUUUCACAUUCUCCUCCAUCCUACUGUGAGGAUAAUUUGGGCAUCCUCCCCCCUUGCUGUCCAGUGAAGAUUUCUCUGAGAGCUCUACUCUAGUAACCUCUUCCAGGGCAUCUCCCCCCACAUUCUGAAGCAGCAAACUGCCUGCCUUUAUUACUCUGCCAGGUGGAGAUAUUUUUUGGGAGGGAGAGGUUGUAAUUCGAUUCAUUUUGUUUUUAUAUGGGAACCUAUUUAUUUUGCAUCUUGUGAAGCAAUUUGUGAACCCAAAGUCAGUCUCUGACACUUACAACGCAGCACUGUAGCAAUGGGAUGUUCACGAUGCAUAAAAAGGCUUAUGUCAGUGAAUAUUGCAUGUACCAAUAUCUAAUGUAAGGGAAGAUUUCUUUGCAAAAAUGUGCUUUUUAAGGCAAGAUUGGAGGCAGCAGUGUUUCUGCAUAGCAGUUGCUGGAAACCCUGGGCAGGUACAGAAUGGAAGGUAAGUGUGGAAAAAUGAGAAAGGAUUCAUUCAUUCCUGCCUGUGACUCCUGGGAGUUGCAGUCUCACAACAUGUAGAGCAGGGGUAGCCAACCUAAGGCCUGUGAGCUGGAUGUGGCCCAAUCACCUUCUCAAUCCGGCCCGUUGAUGGUCUGGGAAUCAGCGUGUUUUUACAUGAGUAGAAUGUGUCCUUUUAUUUAAUAUGCAUCUCUGGGUUAUUUGUGGGGCAUAGGAGUUCGUUCAUCCCCCCUCCCAUAUAGUCUGGCCCACCACAUGGUCUGAGGGACGGUGGACCGGCCCACGGCUGAAAAAGGUUGCUGACCCCUGAUGUAGAGCAAUGGAAGCCAAAGGUGUCAUCCUUCGGGUUCUGCUGUGACUUAUGUCCAUGCAUUUAAGUGGGACUUCUGUGAAUGCAUCACCCCUGGGUUGUGAAACAGCUUCCUUUCUUUAGCUAUAUCUUCCACAUAAUUGUUUCCCAAUUUUGAAUUUCCCUCCCAACUUGCUAGCAUUCUACGAAGAUGUCUGCAGCAAGAUUGCCAAGGAGACUGAUUCAGUGGUUGUGUCUGUUGGGUGAGUAAACACAACCCCAUGGCCUUUCGUAGGGAAAGAUUGUAGGGGCCCAGCAUGCUGCUGUAUUUCAGGCUGGCAUCCCUGGCCAUAUUCCCUGCAGGAGAAAGAGGCUCCCCACGAAAGCUGUCAACAUUCUGUUCUGUGAUUGAAAAUCAGAGCUUCAUGUGCUUAAGACAUGAACACGCUCGCUUUUGUGGGGGGACUAUGAACUGGGCAUAAGGCCUUGCACAGCACCCCUAACCAGGGCCUCCAGAUCAGCCUCAACUUGGAGACCACCCAACCCAGAUCCAGCCUGAAAUCAAUCUGGGAUUGGGGCUAAUGUUCAGUUAGGGCUUUUAAAUGUAUAAGCAGGAAGAGACUGGGAAACGCCCCCUGCAUCUAAACAGGAGGAGGAUGGAAAGUUGCAAGUGGCAAAUGGUCUUCCACCAGCUGGAUCCAAUCCUGCAGGGUUCUGCUUCCCCAGCGUUCCCUACACUCUUUUGCUAGCUGGUAAAGUCAGUUUUUUAAGGGCAUAAGCCAGCUGGCUGUCACCUGCAUUGUAUCUUCUACAAUUGAUCCAGCAGGCUCUUCUUGUAAUUCUAGGUGAUCAUGAAUGUGUUUGGAAAAGAUUCUGGAAGUUUACCGCUUUGAUUCUGUUUUAUUCUACAGCUACCGCCUGUCUCCUCAGCAUCUUCCUCCCGCUCAGUACAAGGACUGCCUUGCUGCUACCAUACACUUAAUUCAAAAUGCAGCUUCCCAUGGGGUGGAUCCUUCCAAGAUCAUUGUUGGUGGGGACAGUGCGGGGGGCAAUUAUGCUUGUAUUGUUGCCCAGAAAUUGGUGGAGAUAUCAGACCUUCCAAAGCUACGGGCUCAAGUGAUCAUCUAUCCUUAUACACAGGCUAUGGACCUCAACCUGCCUUCCUAUCAGCAGAACAGUUCAAUGCCCAUCCUGUUCCGGGAAAACGUUGCUUACUUUGGAUUGAAGUAUACUGGAAAGGACCCUUCUUUGUUAGGCCAGGUCCUGAAGGGCUCUCAUGUGCCAGAUUCAAUGAGGCUGAAAUAUGGGAAGUGGUUGAGUCCAGACAACCUUCCAGAGAGAUUUAAGGGGAGAGGCUACAAACAAGUCCCACUUGCUCCUUAUGAACCUGAAGCCUAUAGGCAAUUGUCAGAGACAUUAGAAGCCGAUUUUUCUUGCCUUUUUGCUGAGGACACUGUCAUCCAGAAGCUUCCUGAAACCCUAAUUGUGAGCUGCGAGUACGAUGUAGUACGAGAUGACGCACUGCUGUACAAGAAACGUCUGGAGGACAAUGGGGUGAAAGUCAGCUGGUUCCAUGUUGAGAACGGGUUUCAUGGGAUGAUAAACUUCUUCAAAGGAUGCAUCUUUGCAUUCCCCACUGCAGUUGAAUUAACGGACAGCAUCGUAGACUUUGUCAAAAACUUAUGA